AUGGCGAAUGUGGACAGGCGUGUGCAUGUCGACCGUACUGACAAAGGACUUCAUCUUCAGCCGCAGUACGAAGAUCGUGUCGGUUAUAGUUAUGGUGCUGGGGCUGAUUACAAGAGUCGAGGCCCUUCCACUAACCAAGUCGUGUCACUUAUAGUAGGAGUUCCAAUUGGUGGCUCAUUGCUAGCCUUAGCUGGACUCACUCUAGCCGGUUCGGUAAUAGGUUUCAUGAUCUCCAUUCCACUCUUCCUCCUCUUCAGUCCCGUAAUUGUCCCAGCCGCGCUCACCAUCGGGCUAGCUGUAACCGGCAUUCUGGCGUCAGGGUUAUUUGGUCUGACGGGUCUUAGCUCGGUCUCAUGGGUCUUAAACUACAUCCGUGGGAGGAGUGAUACGGUACCGGAGCAAUUGGACUAUGCUAAGAGGCGUAUGGCUGAUGCAGUAGGCUACGCUGGUCAGAAGGGAAAAGAGAUGGGGCAGUAUGUGCAGGAUAAGGCUCAUGAAGCCCACGAUACUAGUCUGACCACCGAGACCAAUGGUAAGGCAAGGAGGAGCCAUAUAGGGUAA